CGCGAUACCAAGCCUAUCGAAGCACACCGAAACCGUCGUAACCCUACGCCGCUGCUUGUUUGCAAACACAAUUCUCCACGAUGGGUCGCAUGCACAGCAAAGGAAAGGGUAUCUCCAAGUCGUCGCUGCCGUACAAGCGCAACCCGCCCACAUGGCUCAAGACCUCUGCGGACGAGGUGACAGACCAGAUCUGCAAGCUGGCUAAGAAGGGUCUCGUGCCGUCGCAGAUCGGCGUGUAUUUGCGCGAUUCGCAGGGCAUCACCCAGGUGCGCGCCGUCACGGGGAACAAGAUCUUGCGCAUCCUCAAGGCCAAGGGACUUGCCCCUGAGCUGCCGGAGGACCUGUACAUGCUUAUCAAGAAGGCCGUGUCUGUGCGCAAGCAUCUGGACAGGAAUCGUAAGGAUAAGGACGCCAAGUUCCGACUCAUUCUCAUCGAAAGCCGUAUUCAUCGCCUCGCCAGGUACUACAAGAAGACGAAGCGCAUUCCGGCUAACUGGAAGUAUGGGCAGACCGUGGUCAACUAAGCCAAUGUAAACCGUCUUUCUGCCUUUGUUACGUUAGCGAGCGCAACGCUAGAAAACAUUAAAGACUUGUUCUUACUUUUCGAA